UGACUGUCUUCCAGAAGGCCCGGCAGACGGCCUAAUUCCACCCCUGAUAUACCAAUCAAUCCUUGGCCACUGAACAUGUAUACCACAAUACACCACAUUCAGUAUCAGUCAUUUACCAAUCAAUCAGCUUUCCAUUAUACUGCCAACUGGGCCCCUUGUGUCACCAAGCGAGCCCUGAAAGCAGAUCUCUAAGGUACCUUCGCAUCACCCUAUUUACACCAUUCCUGCCUUAACGAACAUGUGCGUUGAACGUGACAGGUGCAGGUAACAAGCCUAACAAGAUCUGAGGAUGACAAGAUGAAAAUUCCGUGUUCAGAUGUCCUGUGACAAAUGCCACCUUGUCUGAAGAAACCAAAAAUGUGACAUGUUUCUAAGGAAAGAGUGACAGGAAUUAGAGCUCAAUCUAGAAUCAAAACAAGUGUCAUGGCAGGACGAGACUGAGAAAGGACUUAACAACAACUUGUGCAGUGCUCAUAGACAAGUACCAUGGACGUGGAGAACCAGCUCCUAAGCUGUCAGGUGUGUUUUGAGCAGUAUGACCACGAGGAACACCAGCCCAAACUCCUGCCCUGCCACCACACCUUCUGUAUGAAGUGUAUUGAUGGACUGAAGACUUCCAAAGGGAAGGCUAAGUGCCCAACAUGUCGACAAGAGGUCGGCUUGCCUCCAGGUGGAGCCACCCAUCUCCAGACUAACUUCUAUAUCAUGGAAAUGGAGGAACUACUGAUGGGAAUGACCAAACGACAAAAAGAUCAAGAUGGCUGCCAAACCCAUGCCAACCAACCGCUGUCCUUCUUCUGCUCCAAGUGCGAGACUGCCAUCUGUCGAGACUGCACCAUUCUCAGUCAUCGUGAGAGUGAGGGUCACGUUAUCACUGAGGUGGCAGUGAUGAAGGGGAACUUCACUAAAAAACUACAGGAAAGGUUAACUAAAUUACGCCAACUCAUGCAGUCAGAAGAAGACAUCCUGUCAGCAUUACAAGUGCAGCUCAGCUCCCUCAACGGCCUGCAGAAGAUGACAGAGGCCGACAUCGACACCUCCCUGGACAAGUGCUGCCUAGCUAUUGAAGAACGCCGGCAAAAGAUGAAGGAAAAUUUGAGAACCCAACACGGCCAUAUUGCAGCAAAGCUCAAGGACAUGAUCAUCGAGACAGAGAUGCACUACAAUCAGCUUACCUCCACUUCAGAGCAAAUCAGCCAUACUAUCAAGAAAGGCAAGCUUCAAGACCUGAUUGACACCGCCAAGCAGGAAGAUGCAAACAACAUAGAGGGUGAAGACGCCACUAACUGCAGCUCCAAGGAAGUCACUAUAGAAUACCCACAAUUCUCUGUUAAGGAUUUCGAUGCCUUGCAGGAGAUUCGAGGUGGGCUGAACCGAAUGGGAAGUCUCCGCAACUCAAAAUGGAUGCCUGCUAAGGUGGACAUGGAGCCAGAAAGUGCCACGGCUAGCUUGGAAUCCUGUGUCAAGGUCGCGAUAGCCAAUUACGAAGACAAGCCUCUCUCGUGCCUUAAAGUGGCACUGGACAUCCUGGACCCAUUUGGAGACAAGGUAUGUAGUGUCAGCACAGAGGAAAGGGGGAAUGGCAAUUACAGCUUUACCUUCAGGCCACAGAUCUCUGGCCCUCACAAAUGUCGCCUGGUUUUCCAUGACCAAACCUUAAAAGAGGUCCCCAUCCUGGUCCAGAGCAAUAAUCCUGUAAUGAAGUUCGGCGAGGAGGGAGAUGGUCCAGGUCAGUUAUUCCGUCCUCGUCAUGUCCAUGCUGUGGGUGAGAACUACUUUGUCCUGGAUCUCAACAAAGUGCAGAUAUUUGACAAAGACGGGAAGUACGUCCGCCAUUUUCACCUCGCUGCCAUGGAGGAGAAAAAAGAAGGUCAGCUGACAGGGAGCAGUGACGUGUGUGUCAAUGCCGCAAAAGAAGAAAUCAUCUGCCCUGAGGCCUACAUCCAGUCCUCUCAGCUGUACGCUGAUCGUAUCUUAAUUUUUGAUUUCGACGGCCGCCUCAAGCAGGUCAUGCCUAUAUGCAAUGGUGAGAAGAGCGGAGGGGUUUGUGUUGGUACCAACAGUCAAGGCGACAUCAUCGUCUCAGACUACUGCCACGAGAAGCUCCUGAUUUUCAACAAGAAAGGUGACAUCACCUCUACGUUCCGCGGCAUCAAGCGGCCUGGAACCAUUGCCAUUGGCCAAGACGACGAUAUCAUGGUGUGCGACCAGGAGAGGAAUUGCGUCUUGGUUCUCAACCGCCACGCUUCCUUUAAGCAUCAGAUAGGGUUCGAGGGAAAGGGCAAAGGUCAGUUCAAGAGUCCAUCUGGGGUAUGCACUGACCGACAUGGGAACAUCAUUGUUGGAGACGGCCGUAACAACAGACUGCAAGUUUUUAAGUAUGACGGCACGUUUGUGUCUUGCAUUGAGAGCACUGGCGACAAGCUGCAUCAGCCACUGGGGAUAUCUACAACUGAUGAUGGACAUGUUCUUGUGGCAGACAAACUUAACCAUUGCAUUAAAAAAUACAAGUACAUGUAAUGAAGCUUGUUUAUCCAGUGUCACAAUGCCAGAAAACAUUACUGAAACCAAAGUGAUAUAAUUUUUGAUGGCUAUCAGAAAUGUUUUAUAUUCGAACAAAAACAAGUGAUUUUGUACAAAAAAAUUUGGAUUGAAUAAUAUUUUUCAAUCUGGGUGUACUACUUGGAUCUACCAAAACUCAAUUUGGCCAAAUAGUAGCACUUUCCAGAGUUUUCCAAAGCUCAACAUGGUAUUUUUUUAAAGGCAGUAAAACACAAAAAGGUAAAGGAAAUAUUGAACAAUGAAACUGUAAAAAGAUGGUAUGGAAACUCUGAACUAUUACAAGGUCAAUUUUUGUGUGGUAUCGCUUAUUGGUGCUAUGUAUUUGCAUUCUGUCAAAACUAUUUUUCUAUCAGAGAUAAUCAGAAUUUAUAGACUUUGUAUCAGCUACCUUCUCUGUACUAACUACUAUUUGACAAUCCUGUACAUUUGUUAAUUUGUAAUAAGGAGAGAACACACCUUUUAUAUUACGUUUCAGAUCUCAUCAGGCAAGAAGAAAACAAAUGAAUCAUUUUUAGACAUUCAGAAAUUUUGAUAGACCUGAAUACAAAGUUUUGAAAGUAAGCCAUAUUACUUCAGCAUCCUUAUAAUAUAAAAUUACCAAGAUUUUUUUUAAAUAGUGUGAUAGAAUUUACAAAAUAACCUGACAAUAAUAGGGGCCUCUGGUCUUUCUAUUUACAGAAAAUGUAUAAAACUUUGUGUGUAUAUAUAUUUGCUUAUUGCUCAAAUUUCAACCUGCUGUUCUUUAUUCUUUCAAAAUUCAUCAUAUGUAGUCAUCCAAAUACAAGCUUUAUAAUUUUAAAAAUCUGACUUUUUUAUUAUAAAGAUAAAUAUGGGAAGUCUUUUUUCAAUUAGAUUUUAUA